AUGGCUCCUGGAUCGAAACGCAAGCCCCUUGCUGUGAUUGACAACAUACAGUCCGCUGCACAAGGCGAUGCAGUGCCAGGAAAGUUUCUCCUCCGGAGUGCGUCUAGCAGGAAGGUGAACGAGUCAGCUGUUGCGGUUGCAGGCGUGAUGAAGCUGUUUGAGGAGGAUGGAGAAGAAUGGCAGCAGCAGGGAGAGCAGGGGAUGAAAGGGCCGCAAGGACAGCAAGAGCAGCAGGGAAUGGAUGGGCAGCAGGGGAUUCAAGGGCAACAGGAUAUGCUAGGAGCAGGAGAGAAGCAGGGGAGUCGAGGAUGCAUGGCUAUAGUGCCAGUGACAGAUGAGCCAACGGCUGUAGCUCUCACCACCGCAUUGAACCCAUCUUCCUUGUCACUGCCACCAGAACCUCCGCCACCACCACCACAUACAGGUGCAGCUCUCAUAACCACCGCGCAAAACCCAUCUCCAUUAUCAAUGCUACCACUACAACCACCACCACGACCUCCUGCUGGUUCAGCAAGCUUGUUCCAAACAGCCCGGGGAAAGCCGGUCCCUCUGUCUUCAGCUGCUGUGGACAAGGCGUGUGCCCUGCUGGGCGUGCAACAGCACGAGAGGCCACACUUUGAUGAUGGGGCUAAUCUGGGGGCCGGUAGUACAGAAGGAUCGACUGUUGGGGCGGGCCUGUUUCAAACAGCUUCAAACAAGCCGGUGCGUUUGUCUUCAGCUGCUGUGGACAAGGCGUGUGCUCUGCUGGGCGUGCAGCAGCAUGAGAGACCACGGUUUGACGCCCCUCGCAUCACACCGCCCAUACACAAGCCUGCAGCUCUGUUGAACGCUCAAGGGCACGCAGGGUCUCAAUUCAACGUGCCUCGAAUCAUGCCGCUUACACAUGGGUCCUCAGCACUCCCGGUCGCUCAAGGGCAUGAGAGGCAGAGCUCUCAUGCGCCUGCAGCAAUGGAGCUUGCAGUGCGGAACUCAGCAGCAGAGCUGACAGUAGUGGCACAACCAGAUGCCGGAGCUGGUUUGGGGAGAGCUAAUCGGGGGGAAGCGACUGUAGGGGCGGGUCUGUUCCAAACCGCCCGGGGCAAGCCGGUUUCUGUGUCUUCAGCUGCUGUGGACAAGGCGUGUGCUCUGCUGGGCGUGCAGCAGUACAAGGGACCACAGUUUGUCGCACCUCAUAUCACACCGCCUACACACAAGCCUGCAGCACUCCCGGAUGCUCAAGGGCAUGAGCCGCAGAGCUGUAAUGUGCCUGCAUCAAUGGAGCUUGCAGUGCGGAACUCAGCAGCAGAGCUGGCAGUAAUGGCGCAACCAGACGGUGAAGCUGGUUUGAGGGGAGCUAUACAGGGGGGAGCGACUGUAGGGGCGGGUCUGUUCCAAACCGCCCGGGGCAAGCCGGUUUCUGUGUCUUCAGCUGCUGUGGACAAGGCGUGUGCUCUGCUGGGCGUGCAGCAGUACAAGGGACCACAGUUUGUCGCACCUCAUAUCACACCGCCUACACACAAGCCUGCAGCACUCCCGGACGCUCAAGGGCAUGAGCCGCAGAGCUGUAAUGUGCCUGCAUCAAUGGAGCUUGCAGUGCGGAACUCAGCAGCAGAGCUGGCAGUAAUGGCGCAACCAGACGGUGAAGCUGGUUUGAGGGGAGCUAUACAGGGGGGAGCGACUGUAGGGGCGGGUUUGUUUCAAACGGCCCGGGGCAAGCCGGUUUCUGUGUCUUCAGCUGCUGUGGACAAGGCGUGUGCUCUGCUGGGCGUGCAGCAGUACAAGGGACCACAGUUUGUCGCACCUCAUAUCACACCGCCUACACACAAGCCUGCAGCACUCCCGGACGCUCAAGGGCAUGAGAGACAGAGCUCUCAUGUGCCUUCACCAAUGGAGCUUGCAGUGCGGAACUCAGAAGCAGAACUGGCAGUAAUGGCGCAGCCAGAUGGCGGAGCUAGAUUGGGAGGGGCUAGUCGAGGGGGAGCGACUGUAAAGGCAGGUUUGUUCCAAACAGCUCGGGGCGAGCCGGUUUCUGUGUCUUCAGCUGCUGUGGACAAGGCGUGUGCGCUACUGGGCGUGCAGCAGGGGCCGCCAGCACUGCUGGACGCUCAAGGGCAUGAGAGGCAGAGCUCUCAUGUGCCAGAAGGAAUGGAACUUUCAGUGCGGAACCCAGGGGCAGAACCGGCAGUAGUGGCGCAGCCAGAUGGUGGAGCUGGAGUGGGAGGGGCUAGUCCGGGGGGGGCAACUGUGCGAGCGGGUUUAUUUCAAACUGGCCGAGGCAAGCCGGUUUCUUUAUCUUCAGCUGCCGUGGACAAGGCGUGUGCUCUGCUGGGCGUGCAGCAGUAUAAGGGUCCUCCACAGUUAGAAUCACCCAGGAUCAGUGAAGAACCAGCAGUGCUUCGGCUGAAGGGCGCAGGAGCAGAGCAGACGAGUGCGGCGCAGGCAGAUGGUGGAGCUGGUACAGGCGCAGCGACUAUAGGGGCGGGUAUGUUCCAAACUGCCCGGGGCAAGCCGGUGCAUGUAUCUUCAGCUGCUGUGGACAAGGCAUGUGCUCUGCUGGGCGUGCAGCACUACAAGGGUCCUCCACAGUUAGAAGAACCCAGGGUCAGUGACGAACCAGCAGUGCUUCGGCUGGAGGGUGCAGGCGCAGAGCAGACGAGAGCGGCGCAGCCAGAUAGUGGAGUCAGUCGGGGGGGAGCAACUGUACGGACAACUAUGUUUCGAACCGCUUCAGAGAAGCCGGUUUCAUUAUCUUCAGCUGCUGUGGACAAGGCGUGUGCUCUGCUGGACGUGCAGCAGCAUCAGAGGCCGCGGUUUGAAGGUAGUGCCAGUCUGGGAGGAGCGACUGUCCGAACAGCGGGUCUGUUUCAAACCGCUUCAAGGAAGCCGGUGCACAUAUCUUCAGCUGCUGUGGACAAGGCGUGUGCUCUUUUUGGAGUGCAGCAGCGUGAAAGGCCGCAGGUUGAAGGUAGUGCCAGUGUGGGAGGAGUGACUGUAAGAACAGCGGGUCUGUUCCAAACCGCUUCAAAGAAGCCUGUCGUUUUGUCUUCAGCUGCAGUGGACAAGGCAUGUGCUUUUCUGGGCUUGCAGCAGCAUGAGAGGCCACGGUUUGAAGCUCCCAGGUUCACACCUUCUGGAAUCACCGCACUACACCGUCCCCAACCUGGUGCGAUCCAACCACCUCCACAUGCUCCCCUCGCCCUGCCUGCUCCUUCUGCCCCGCCUGCUCCUCUCGCGCUACCUGCUCCCGAUGCAGUUGAAGAACCUGCUCAUCGUCCCCCUUCCCCUCCUUCAUGGCCCCUCGCCCUCACCCAAACCUCAUCACAAGGUGCGGCCGAGCCUGCGGUGGAGGCUCGGGCAGCUCUUGCCAGGGCAGAGGAAAUGGUUGCGAGCCUGUUUGACCUGGGGACAGGGGGGAGUGGAGGUGGAGAUGGGAGGAAUGGGGAGGGGAGUAAAAGCGAUGGUAGUGGGAGUGGGAGGGAUGGUGGUGGUAGUGGAAGGGGUGGUGGUGGGAGUGGCGAGGGCGGUGGAACGGGGGAGGGAGGUGGAGCUUCCCCACACACUCCCUCACUCGCCCAACCACCUCCCCUCCGUUCAUCCCCUCCCCUUCUCUCCACCACUCCCCUCCACCCCUGUCCUCCUCUCCACCACUCCUCUCCGUUGCACCGAUCACGCAACCCUUCGUACCCCUCCAACUCUCCUCUCCACCCUUCUCAUAAUCCCCUCCACUCCUCUCCCAAUCGACUCCACAACGCUCCCCUCGACACCUCUCCCACCCCUCUUCACCGCGUUGGCACCCCUCUCCGCCGCCCCUUAACUCCUCUAAACCGUUCUCCGUCCACCUCGCCAUCCCCACGGCGGCCGUUCAUCCCGCCCACCUCCACCAUUCCAACCCUAUUCUCCAAGCACCGCCCACCUCGCUCCCGCUCCGCUGGCCUUCCCCCCAUCCCCAUGCGCUCACUCACUGAUGCCACUGAUGCACCAACUCUUGGUGUCAGCCAGAGAGCAGCAGAGGGACGUAUGGCUGCUGACAAUGAUGCAGUAGGUUUAGUAGAUCCAGCAGAUAGGGGGGCUAAUAUGGCAGCUGCAGCAGGUGAUGAAGGAGGCGCAGCAUAUGCAGCAGGCGAUGCCAGUGCAGCAGACCAUGCCAGUGCAGCAGGCGAUGCCAGUGCAGCAGACGAUGCCAGUGCAGCAAACGAUGCCAGUGCAGCAGACGCUGCAGCAGGUGCAGUAGAUUUAGCAGCAAGCCCUGCAAGCCCUGCACUCCCUGCCCUCCCUGCAAUCCCUGCAAGCCCUGCACUCCCUGAAAUCUCUGCAAUAGGGUUGUGCACUGGCGAAAGACAAGAGCAUGCAGCAGCCACGACCACGGAGGAUGAGUGCGUCAUCCGAAACGAUCUUAUAGCAGCAGCAUCAGCAUCACCAGCAGAGGCAGCAGCGGAGGGAUCUGCAGCAAAGGAAGGAGGAAGAUGGGCAUCUGCACGAAAAGGGGAAGGCCAGGCUACUCUGACAGUUCUUGGUGCUCGAGAUGGUGGGGAGAGGGCGAAUGUUGGGGCUAAGGAGUUUAGGGACAUGCUGAUUGCAGCAGGCGCCCGGCGCAAGUUUGCCACACAAGAGUGGGUGACGAACCACUACCACUGGGUGGUGUUGAAGCUGGCCUGUCAGGAGCGCAGCUUGCGUGUCCAACAUAAAACCUCCUUCCUGCCCCUCUCCCUUUUAACCCCUCCCUUCUCCCUCAACCGCCCUUCACAGGUGGGUGUCGAACGACUACCGCUGGCUGGUGUGGAAGCUGGCCUGUGGGUGUCAAACCACUAUCGCUGGGUGGUGUGGAAACUCGCUUGUCAGGAGCGCAGCUUCCCCCGUCGCCUUGCAGGAAGGAUGCUGACUGUGGAGAGAGUGCUGGAGCAGCUCAAGUACAGGUACGAGAGGGAGGUGAAUGAAGGCAAGCGGUCGGCUCUGAAGAAGGUGUGCGAGCGGGACGCUGCUGCUGGCAGCCCCAUGGUACUGGCUGCCUGCUCGCCUCAUUUUUUUAGUCGACUCAUAACCCCACUUUCCCCACAUGCGUCCCUCUUCAUCCAGGUGUGUGGGGCGGUGCUGAAUGGCUGCAUGGAAGGCCUCCCUCCCCUCGAGGCGUGCACAGCAGCAACGCUCGCCCUUCACUUCAACGGCACCUUCCCAGCUCACUGGUCCACCAAGCUGGGCUUCUAUUUUCCACCCUUUCUGUCUCCCUGCUGCUCUCUAUCUAUUCCUCUUCGCUCCUCCCUCCCCCUCCUCAUCUCCCCAUGUGCUUCCCCUCAUCCCUCUGCUCUUCUCCCUCUGCCCUCCCCCGCUACAGGCCGACAGAAGCCGCCUGUCCCAAUGGCACUGCGCAGGGUGCGGGAGGACGGGGGAGCUAUCCCCCUUACGUGUGUGGCCAUUGCACGGGUCUAUCCUACAAUGUACUGGGAGAAGAACACCGCAAGGAAAGCUGAUGCGGAUGCUGCUGCUGCUGCUGCUGCUGUUGUGCCCGGUGCACUGAUGCUGUCACAGGAGAGGCGGAGGGCAGCAGUGCAGGAGGCAGUGGAUGACGCAUUGACAGCUGAAGAGAAGCGGAGGGCGGCAGUGCAGGAGGCGGUAGAUGACGCAUUGGCAGAUGAAGGGUUGAAGGAACGGGACGUGUGCCCUGUGGUGAAAGUGCGAGUGGUGGGACUCACUGGGAAGCGAUCCAGGGAGGAGAGGGAGGAGGGGACAGGAGAUGACGAGGAGGGGGAGUGGAGCAAGAGGGUGCGGCAAGGGGAAGGGAUGAUCAGCAUUUGGCGACCCAGUGACGAGCAGCUGCAAGAGCUGGUGGAAGGAGGCGUGUAUCUGGUGGCGGGCCUUCAGCCGUCCGCCACGCGGCGUGAUGCAAUUGGUCCGCUGCUCUCCCUCAACGCCAGCCGGUCAACCAG